AUGUCGCGUUCAGUACGAGCAAUACGUAGUGGCGAGUCGUCGUCAGCGAAGUCGGCGUUUCUCGGUGCUUUGUUGAUUGAUGCCCCACAGGUGAUAAUGGAGGUUUGGGAUGCGAAUUUGGGGGCAUUGGAGAACGUGUUUGUGGUAGGCAUGAUGUCAGAGACGGUGUCGGUGACACCUCGAGGGAGUGCUUGGGCUCGAACACACCCUGAGUUGGAAUGGAAUCCGUACUCAGAGAAUGACGCUCGACUUCAUGCCAAUGACGUCCUCGUGGCCGAUGCAGUAACCGAGGCGGCAGCCAACGCAUCCGAGGAGAUGCGCGAACGCGCCCGCAGAUUUUGCGCUUCUCUCGCACAAGAAGAAGAUCUCGUCGGCGACUUCGGCAUCACCAACAACUUAGGCCACCCCCUCAAACGUAUCACUGCUGUACGUCAAAGUCAUGGCAGCCUCUUCCUACGGCUUCAAUUUUUCUGA